AUGGAGGAGCCCAAGCCCGUGUACUUCGACGAGGAGUCGGACGAGGAGGAGCAGAACCCCGGCACCUUCAUGUGGAUCGAGGGCGACUCGCUGGCGCCUCCGUGCCAGAGCGAGCGCGACGUCGUGUCCAAGAUCGUGGAGAUCGCGCGCGUGACGCCCGACGACGUCCUGUUCGACUUGGGCUGCGGAGACGGCCGAAUCUGCAUUGAAGCUGCCAAGCGCUUCGGCGCCCGCGCGCGCGGCGUGGAGAUCGAGGAGUUCCUGAUCAAGCGCUUCCGCGAGCUGAUCGCCGCCAACGACCUGCAGGAGCUCGUGAGCGUCUCGCACGGCGAUCUGCUGGAGGAGGACCUGUCGGAGGCCACCGUCAUCGUCACGUACCUGCUGCCCGAGGCGCUGGACCAGCUCACGCCCAAGUUCACCAAGCUGCUGAACCAGACUGACAAGGACGUGCGCAUUAUCUGCAACACGUGGGCCAUGCAGGGGCUCACCCCCGACGAGCGCCACGACGCCGGGCCCUAUGGCAACGUGCCGCUGUUCGUGUACAGGAGCGCUGCAGGGCGCUCGCCGGCGAGUGGAGAGCAGCAGCAGAAGGAGAAGGAAGAGGAGGAGCCUAAGCAAACAUAGACGGCAUGACAGGGCAUGGCACUCGUAGAAUAGACACAACACGACUCGACUUAGACUGC